AUGUAUGGUGAUGGAGAGGGCACCAUUUGGGACCGGGUCGGGCGCCCCCGCCGAGACUGCAUGUGCUAUCUUGGACCCCCUACUACUUUGAUGCCGAUCGGGAUGCGCAAGUCGCCCGACGUGAGCCCCAGAAGGCUUUCGGACAUCAGCCCUCAGCUCAGACAGCUCAAAUACCUGGUGGUGGACGAGGCCAUCAAGGAGGACCUGAAGUCGUCCCGCUCCGUUGAGGACAUCAACAGCGCAUCCAUAGAGGAGCGUAUAUUGCGCAUCACCGGCUAUUAUGGAUAUCAGCCUUGGAAUGCAGCCUGCAACAGAGAAGACCGCAACAGGGAGAACGUGGUGGGCACUGCAGAUGGACAGCCAGCGACGGGCGCGGCAGGGGCAGAGUCUGGCACCAGCAGGCGGAGGUUGCAUUGCUGCAUUAAAGUAACAACCGUACACGUGCAGAAGGCCCUGUGGGGAGUCGCCAUGGUGAUGUGCGUGUGCUCGUCCUGGGCAGGCUCCACCCAGCUGGCCAAGCUGACCUUUAAGCAGUUUGACGCACCCUUCACCCUCACCUGGUUCGCAACCACCUGGAACUGCCUCUUCUUCCCACUCUACUACAUCGGCCACCUGUGCAAGAGUCCAGAGAGGCAGACGCCACGGCAAAGGUUCAGGGAGUGUUGUCGGUUCUUCGGGGACGAUGGGCUGACACCCAAGGUGUUCUUCACCAAGGUCGCUCCCUUUGGCCUGCUGUGGAUCCUCACCAACUACCUGUACCUGCAGGCCCUCAGGAAGAUCAACACAACAGACGUGUCAGCGCUCUUCUGUUGUAACAAGGCCUUCGUCUUCCUGCUGUCUUGGAUUGUACUUAGGGACCGCUUCAUGGGGGUCAGGAUAGUGGCUGCUAUCUUGGCCAUAGCAGGGAUUGUUAUGAUGACUUAUGCUGAUGGAUUCCACAGUCACUCUGUCAUCGGCAUUACUUUGGUUGUGGCCUCUGCAUCGUUUUCAGCACUCUACAAGGUGCUGUUCAAGAUGGUCCUGGGCAGUGCCAAAUUUGGAGAGGCUGCGCUCUUUCUGACCAUUGUUGGGAGCGCAAACUUUGUUUUCGUCAGUUUUGUGCCGGUCCUCCUGUAUUUUACGCAUGUGGAAUACAUUGGCUCACCUGUGGACAUCCCCUGGGCCUACCUCUGUGGGGUUGCAGGCCUGCUUUUUGCUUUCAACAUCCUGGUAAAUUUUGGCAUCGCUAUCACAUAUCCAACAUUAAUCUCCCUUGGUAUCGUCCUAAGUGUCCCUGUAAAUGCCAUGGUGGACCUGUACACAUGUGAAAUCCAUUUCAACACAGUGCGCCUCAUUGCUGUGUUCAUCAUUUGCCUGGGCUUCCUCAUGCUGCUGCUACCAGAGGACUGGGACCAGUGCAUCAUCCAGCUCAGCACCAAGCUGCGCAAACGCGAUGAGCCAGUAGAGGGCAACAGCGAGGCGGGUGCUGCCACAGGGCUCAACUGGAGAGGCAGAGCUAGGACCUCCAUGUCAACAUUUGGACAUUGACUACAU